AUGGCCUUCAAGCGAUUGGUUCGUUUCGCCAUUGGAGAUCGUGUCUCUUUCGGUGAUCUACUCAGCGUCAAUGGCGGCACAUACAAUGUCAGACGAUUGACUGGUGAUCCUUUCACUAAGCUGCAGCCCACUGAGGAUAUCAUCCAAGUCGAGAAGCUCCUCUGUCCCAUCGAACGUACUCCGCUCAUCAUACUUGUGGGCCUGAAUUACCAGAGCCAUGUAAACGAAGCGAAGCUAAACAUCCCGAAAUACCCUCCCAUCUUUGUUAAGCCCGCCGAUGCGCUAGCUGGUCCCUUCGAUACCAUUGACAUUCACCCUGACGCGCGUGAAAUGCUGGACUACGAGGGCGAGUUGACUGUAGUUGUGGGCCGAGAUGCUAAGAAUAUCUCAGAAGAUGAGGCAUUGGACUAUGUCCUUGGCUAUACGGCCGGAAAUGACCUGUCUGCGCGGAAUUUCCAGAUCCCCGAAGCGUCGGGCAUGCAAUUUGGCUACUCCAAAUCAUUCGAUCAGUUUGGACCUAUUGGCCAUACCAUUGUUGCAGCCAGUGAAAUUCCAGAUCCCCAGAAUCUCCGUCUGGUGACUCGCGUCAACGGGAAGGUCAAGCAGCAGACAAGUACCAAUGAUAUGAUCUGGAGUGUCCGGCAGAUUGUCAGCCACCUCUCCCGUGGGAUGACUCUUCGCAAGGGAACUGUGAUCAUGACCGGCACACCAGCUGGUGUCGGAUUUUUCACCAAGGAAUUUCUGAAGGCUGGGGACGUGGUGGAGGUGGAGAUUGAAGGCGUGGCGUCCAUCAAAAACGAAAUCCGGUAUCCUUAG